GACAUUCAACAGAACAAUUUAAAUCUGUGUUUUUGUCGCGAAUAACUUCCUCCCACUCCACCCCAAACAUUUACCACCCACCUUCCCGCCCUAAUCCUACUGUACCGGGUUCUACAUAUCCAAGACUUUUAUUUGUCUGGAUACUGAUUUGGGUUCUUUUCACUCCUUUAACCUGAGUCCUUUCGUUCUUCUCUAGAUAUUCCCAUCAAGAUGUUUUCCGCAGUGUUGAGAAAGCGUGCCCUUCAAUCUCCAUCUCUGCCAUAUCAAUUAGCAAGAUGUUAUGCCUCGAAAUCUUUCCCUCCCCAUACCGUAGUCACUAUGCCAGCGUUAUCGCCAACCAUGACUUCAGGUAACAUUGGAUCGUGGCAAAAGAAGCCUGGAGAUGCAAUUGUUCCUGGUGAUGUAUUGGUAGAGAUUGAGACCGAUAAGGCGCAAAUGGACUUUGAAUUCCAAGAGGAGGGUGUUUUGGCUGCCAUCUUGAAGCAAUCUGGAGAGAAGGAUGUUGCUGUUGGAAAUCCAAUUGCUGUUAUGGUUGGAGAAGGAGAGGAUACAUCGGCCUUUGCGGAUUUCACACUCGCAGAUGCUGGAGGAGAGAAAUCUGCACCAGCACCACCAAAGGAGGAAGCCAGUCAGUCUUCCGAGAAGUCUGAUACACAAUCUGGAACUGCUCCCCCGCCCCCAACCGAAUCGACCCCAGCUCCGGAGGAAUCCGCUUCAAGUGGUGGAAGAUUACAACCUGCUAUGGAUAGAGCAAUCAAUGCUAGCUCCGCAGCUGUUAAAUUGGCUAUUGAGACCGGUGUCAAGAUUACUGGUGUUAAGGGUACUGGAAUUGGCGGACAAGUCACUGAGGCUGAUGUCAAGAAGGCUUCUUCUGGAGCUUCAAGCAGUGGCGCACCAGCUGCUGCUACUGCCAGUUACGUCGACACUCCUAUCACAUCUAUGCGUAAGACCAUCGCCAACCGUCUUACCGAGUCUGUGAACCAAAACCCACACUACUUUGUCGCCUCUACUGUUUCCGUUACCAAGCUGAUUAAGCUCCGCACAGCUCUUAACGCUUCCGGAGAAGGGAAAUACAAGCUUUCGAUCAAUGAUUUCUUGAUCAAGGCAUGUGCUAUUGCAUGCAAGAAAGUCCCAGCUGUUAACUCAAGCUGGAGAGAUGGUUUCAUCCGCCAAUUCAGCAACGUUGACGUCAGCGUUGCCGUUGCCACACCAGUUGGUCUCAUGACCCCAAUUGUCAAGAAUGUCGAAGGACUCGGUCUCGAAUCCAUUUCAGCACAAGUUAAGGACCUUGGCAAACGUGCCCGUGAUGGUAAACUCAAGCCAGAUGAAUACCAAGGUGGAACUUUCACCAUUAGCAACAUGGGAAUGAACAGCGCUAUCGAUAGAUUCACCGCAGUCAUCAACCCACCUCAAGCCGCCAUUCUCGCCGUAGGAACCACUCAAAAGGCAGCUAUCCAAGGCGCAGAUGGAGGAAUUGAAUGGGAUGAUCAAAUUACCGUUACUGGAAGCUUCGACCACAAGGUUGUUGAUGGUGCCGUUGGUGGUGAAUGGAUGAAGGAGUUCAAGAAGGUUGUUGAGAACCCUUUGGAAUUGUUGCUAUAGAAUUGAUUUUAUGUGAUAUGAUAUGAAUUCAGGGGUUAGGACAGUAAUAGAACUGGUUGGGAUGGAAUGGUUAGGGAGGUUAGUUGAUGUGUAGGCUGAUGAUACCGAUGAAAGAAAGAAGAAAAGAGAUUCCCCAUAUAACUCCUUGUACAAUCAAAUCAACGAUUCGUCGUAGUAUUAUUUUUA